AAAGGUCAAAUCGUCUGAUGAACUUGAAGCAAUGCUUUCAUCUCUUAUCUUUUCCUAGUGCAUACUUCCUUAUCAUUUAUUGACCAUGUACAUAAAAUUCAAUGGCAUUGUAGAGAGCAUUCAGUCUCAAUUAUUCAUCAUUAGUCUCAUAUUCUUAUGUGGUCCUUGUCUUAGAGGAAGCUCAUGAAAAUGUGGAACACCAGCUUUGUGGUUUUUGUAACAUUUACGAUAUUUUCUAUCAGCAGUGUUUAUUGUAAGGAACAAUUUUCACAGCAGGUGGCAGGUGAUAAAGAGUUCAGCCUAUCACAGGAUGCGAAAAGUCUAAGAGAUGCUAUUGUAGGCCUGGGUACAGAUGAGAACACCAUUGUUUCCAUACUCACCAAUAGGACAAAUGCCCAACGACAGAAAAUUGCUCGUUUCUACCAGCAACAAUUUGACAAGAAUUUAGUUAAAGACUUAUCAAAUGACCUUUCUGGAACUCUGAAGAGGAUUGUGAAGGCCAUGAUGAUGGAACCCACUGAGUUGCUGGCGAAAUCUUUGCACGAUUGCAUCAACCGUAUCUUGCCUGAUGACAGUUGCGUCAUCUCGAUACUUUGCACAAGAACCAGAUACGAGUUGAUUCCAAUCAUCGACAAAUAUUUGUUUAUGUUCAAUAAAACACUUUUAAGUGACAUAGAUGCCUCAACUGAUGGAGAAUACAAGGUUUUCAUGAAAACGUUACUGACGCCUAUGAUGCGAGAUGUAGGUCACGUAAACUCUACUGUGGUACAGCAAAAAGUGAAAUUGAUACCAUCUAAACCAGAUGACUGUGACACAACCAAAUCCAACAACCACGCCCUGUUGAUGAUGAUGGCCAAGGAUAGUUUUGAACAGAUUCGUUUCAUCAUUUUCGAGCAUGAAAGUAAACACAACACGUCCAUAUCUGAAGCAAUCACGGCUAAUUGCCAAGAUGAUACACUUGCUAAAGCUUAUAAAACAAUUAUAAACUAUGCCAAGAAUCCAGCAGCUUAUUACGCUCAAAUCAUAAAGAAAUCGACUGCAGGAUUGGGUACAAACGAUGAUACGCUGAUUAGAACGAUAGUCAGUCGACAAGAAAUCGAUCUUGCUGAAAUCAAGCAGGCCUACAAACAAAUGUAUCAUACCACUUUAACCUCUGCAGUUGCUAGUGAAACUUCUGGAUAUUACAAGAAGACACUAAUGGCUCUCAUUGGACCUGAAUAAGCAACUGAAUCCAGCAAUAACUUUACAUAUUAUACACUUUGGAUAUUAAAAUUAUGUAGAAAUCAUUUAGAUUUAAAUAGUCGUUACAGUUUCAA